CUAACUUACGCCGCCGCUGCUAACCUGAGCUGCCUUUCCUCUUUCUCCCUUCCUCCUGACAACCAAACCGUUUCCCUCCAUUUCAAUCCAUUCCUCCGUCUUUUGCUCUCCAAGUUUCGUGUCCAUACACUGCGCGUAAUCGAGAUCUCAGAGGACCGUCAGAUGUGCUCGGAGAGAGAUGUGAAGCAUGGCGUCGUCAGCCGCUCUGAAAGCCAAUCUCUCUGCGUCGUCUCCUCUCCAACGCUCUCUGAUAUGUAAUAUCAGGCCCAAAUUCAAGCAUAAGAGAUUAGUUUCUAUUGCAGUAAAUAAAAGAAAAAGCCCAUUCUCAUUGACUGUGAGGUCUGUCUUGGACAGCAAGAAGUCAAUCAUUAAUGGUAAUGGGGCCACUGAGUCUGCAGGGAUUCUUUUGCAAAGGUUGUUUGACCAGAAACAGAAACUAGAAGAACAGAUAGGCAGAGAUCCAAUUCUACCUCAGGUUGCUGAAUUUGGGCAGAACCUUGGCAAGCUUGAGUCUGAUUUGCAGGCUGCUCUGGUAUUCUUGAAGAAGAAGGAAGAGGAUCUACAAGAUGCCGAGAGAAAAGUGCUGCUGGAGUACAACGAAUUAAGUCGUGCAAGAGUGGAGUUAGAAAACCGAGAGGUAGAAAUUGCUGCGGCUAGUUCUAAGCAGGAAAAACUGGAAGAUGAACUACGGCUGGCUAAUCUUUCUCUAGCCUCUAGAGCUAUGGAAAUCGAGGAUCUAAAGUUUCGUCUCAAGGAUAGAGAUCAUGAGAUUGCUGCUGCCCAGAUGGCUUUAUCGUUGAAAGAGGGUGAACUAAACAAAAUGAAGAAUGAUUUGAUAAAGAAGAGCGAGGAAGCUGCCAACGCUGAAUCAGAACUUAGGUCCAAGUCUCAGCUUCUUGAUGAAGCAAAUGGCAUCGUCAACAAACAAAAGGCUGAAAUUCAAGAUCUCCAGAAGAUAAUUCAAGAGAAAGAGAAAGAGUUAGAAGUUUCUUUGAUGAUGCAGAAAACUAAAGAGGAUAAGCUUAAAGUUGCUGAGGCCAAUUUGGAAAAACAGACCAUAAAAUGGCUUGUAGCACAGGAAGAGUUGAAGAAAUUAGCAGAGGCAACAUCAAAGCAUAGUGGUGAAGGACAUGAAACAUUUGAGGAUUUUAAAAGAGUGAGAUUAUUUCUUGCUGAUGUUAGGUCUGAGUUGCUAUCAUCACGGCAAGCCCUGGCUUCUUCAAGGCAGAAAAUGAAAGAUCAGGAAAGACUAUUAGAAGAGCAGCUGAAAGAACUUGAUGAACAAAGAAGAAGUGUCAUGUCUUACAUGUCAAACUUGAAAGAUGUUCAAAUUGAGGUAGACAGUGAGAAGCUGAAGCUUAGGCUGGCCGAGGCUCAAAAAAAAGAACUUGAAAGGGAUUUAUCCCUGGAAAAAGAGCUUGUUCAAGAGUUGCAGAAUGAAUUGAAUAAAGAGAGAUCAUCUCUACAAGAAGCAAUUGAGGAGAUGUCAUCUAUGCAGCGGGAGCUAGACCUAAAGAAGAAACAAUUUGUGGAAGUUCAGAAUCUUCUUCAGUUUAAAGAGUCAGAAUUAGUAGAAGCGAGAUUAGAGAUUCAGCACUUUAAGUCUGAGCAAGCCUCUCUUCAGCUUAUGUUGGAAGAAAAAGAUUCAGAACUAUUAAACACGAGAAAAAUGUUUGAUGAGCUAAAACGGGAGAUCACUGAACUAAGGAUGCUUUUGAAAAGUAAAGAAGACAAACUAAUACAGGCAACAACUGUGCUAAAGGAGAGAGACGAAGAAGUCCAGACAAUGCACCAUGAAUUAACGGACACUAAACUAAAAUUUUCAGAAGCCGAAACCGUUGUUGAGCGCAUCUUGGAGCUGACAAACAAACUGGUUAUUUCCAGUAAGGACGAUCAAUGUGAUUUGUUGACUAAAGUCAGUGACAUUGAUCGGAGCCACUUGCCCCAGCUACUAGAGAAACCUGCAAAUAGUUUUAAGUGGCAGAAAAGGCAUCUCGAAAAUGAGCUUGAGCUUACCAGGGAAAACCUCAGGACUAAAGAUAUGGAAGUUCUUGCAGCACAAAGAUCUCUUAAACUCAAGGAGGAGGAGCUCAAAUUGGCUCUAGAAAAAUUGGAUACUCGAGAGAAGGAACUAAGAAGAAUGAAGGACGAAAUGACAAAGGACAGUGAUGAACUGAAGCAGCUUUACGCUUUGGUGCAGGAAAAAGUCGGUGAAAGCAGCCUAGGAGACCUUGCAGUUGAAAAACUUCAGCUAGAAGCAGCUCAACUCGAAGUUGAAGCUGCAACUAGCGCGCUGCAGAUGCUCUCAGAAAUGAGUCGGGAUCUCCUGAGUAAAGCCUGCUCGAGUCUUGAGGCCGACUAUGCUGGUAACGGUUCACUGCACCAUACCUCUGAAUCUAAUCCGAUUUUAAUCGACAACAGCGAGUGUCUUGCUGAAGUUCAUGCAGAAGUUGCUCAGCUUUCAGCAUUGACAGAGCAGCUUGUACGAGAGGCAGGUAUUGUAGGUAAACCCAGAAGCAUAGAAGAUCGGGCACUGUAUAUUUUGAGAGGGAAUAUGGCGAUACUGUAUGCGUUGGUGGCUCGGGGAUCGGUGGUGCUGGCGGAGUACAGCGCCACGCCGACCAACGCCAGCGCCAUCGCCAGGCAGAUACUGGAGAAGACGCAUGGGGACAGCGACAGCAACGUUUCCUACUCUCAGGAUCGCUAUAUUUUCCACGUCAAACGCACCGAUGGCCUCACCGUCCUCUGUAUGGCCGACGACGUCGCCGGAAGAAGAAUUCCCUUUGCUUUCCUUGAGGACAUUCAUCAAAGAUUUGUGAGGACAUAUGGCAGAGCUGUACUUUCAGCACAAGCAUAUGCUAUGAAUGAUGAAUUCUCCAGAGUCCUCAGCCAACAAAUGGAAUAUUACUCGAAUGAUCCAAAUGCAGACAGAAUAAACAGGCUAAAAGGUGAAAUGAGUCAGGUGCGUAAUGUCAUGAUAGAGAAUAUUGACAAAGUUUUAGACAGAGGAGAUCGUUUGGAGUUGCUUGUUGAUAAAACUGCCACUAUGCAAGGGAACACCCUUCGCUUCAGGAAGCAGGCCCGACGAUUUAGAAGCACUGUAUGGUGGAGAAAUGUGAAGCUCAUAAUUGCGCUGAUAGUCCUUCUCCUGGUGAUAGUUUAUGCCGUUUUGGCCUUCGUCUGUCACGGAAUCACACUCCCAUCUUGUCUGAAGUGAGAAUCAGCAUCUAGUGUACACAACAGCUAUUCCUGGCUCUAUUGAUUGUUUUGCUUGCAUAUGUGCAAAUUUUUAUUUUAUUUUAUCAAUUUCUGCUGAACUUCUUGUGUUCAGAAGAAAGGAGUUAAUGAUUCUUGUUAUUGCAAGGUGUCCAUGGGUGGGGGACUGGGGGUGUGAAGAAAGAAAAGUAUUUUGUGCAUGUAUUUCAGGUUUCAAAAAAAUCUGUAGUAACUGAAAAUGCUAUACAGGCAAUGUGUUAUUAAUCGUCUGGCUUGAUCACUCGACAAGUUGAGUUUGUUAUUCCACGACAGUUGAAUUGCCAAGUUCUUGAACACUUUGUUGAUCUUACUUAUAAGGGUUUAAUUGUAGAUGAUUGUAUUCA